CCUUUACAGUGUGUGUAUGUGAGCGGAACACACAACACACUCACACACUCCUCAUGUCUCCUUCACGGCUCCGGGUCCUUCGCGGGACACUGCGCUCCUCCAGUCGGUGAGAAGGCACCGAACCCCCGCUGAACCCCCGCCUGUUCCUCUGCAGGACAUGGAGUACCUUCUGCAGGUGAAGAUCGGAGCUCUGUUCGGCUUGCUGCUCCUCACGCUGCUCUUCGGCUUCAUCCCCGCCCGAGUCCGGUGGUUUCGGGACACAAACGGCACUGACACUCACCGCACUGUGCUGAGCCUGAUCAGCUGUUUCGCUGGGGGAGUCUUUCUGGCAGCAUGUCUCCUGGACAUUCUCCCAGAUUAUCUGUCGGACAUCAGCGCAGAGCUGGCUGCCCGGCAGGUGGAGACGAGUUUCCCUGUCCCAGAGUUCAUCCUGGCAGCAGGUUUCUUCACUGUGCUUAUCCUGGAGAAACUGGUGCUGCACUGCCAGGAGAGGAGAGCGCCUGCUAGUGAGAGGGAGCCUCUUCUGCAUGGACACGAAAAUGGACAUGGGCACACACACGGGCGUGUCGAGGCGGUGGGCCCGGAGCUGGAGGGCAGUGGGCAUCACGUCCAUGUUGACCUACAGGCUCACUCCCCAUUCCGCUCCUUCAUGCUCUUCCUGUCUCUGUCCCUGCACUCUGUGUUUGAGGGACUGGCCAUCGGGCUGCAGAACACUGACGCCAAGGUUCUGCAGAUCUGCAUUGCCAUCCUGGUGCACAAGUCCAUCAUUGUGUUCAGCCUGUCGGUGAAGCUGGUGCAGAGCGGGCUGCAUGCGGGCUGGGUAGCAGCGUACCUGGGUGUGUUUGCUCUCAUGUCUCCCCUGGGCAUCGCCUUGGGCAUCGGGGUGAUGGAGUCGCACCUGGACUCUGGAGCUCUGGUGCAGGCUGUGCUGGAGGGGCUGGCUGCAGGCACAUUUGUCUACAUCACGUUUCUGGAAAUCCUGCCUCACGAACUCAACUCUCCAGGACGACAACUGCUCAAAGUGCUCUUCCUCCUGCUGGGCUUCUGCAUCAUGGCAGCACUCACCUUUGUGGGCUGAUGAAGCACUGCAGUGUACACUGCUGUCUGUACACUGCUGUCUGUACACUGCUGUCUGUACACUGCUGUCUGUACACUGCUGUCUGUACACUGCUGUCUGUACACUGCUGUCUGUACACUAACAUCUGUGCAGUGCUGUGUGCAUCAAUGACUAUUUCAAAGAUCUUAUUUGAACAAUGGGGUUUUAUAAAUUGUAUACACAUAAAUCAGUCACACACAUUUAUAAAUACAAUGUUACACUGUAAGAGAAAGUGUGAGGAGGGAAUCAGCUCUCACCACUGGACCAUAUGACCUUUGCGACUACCAUUUGACCUCUGACCUUUAAUACUAGGUUGUUAUUCAAGAGGAAUGAAAACGAACUGCUUUUUAACUGAAAACUCAACAGCAGAUUGAACUGACAUUUAAUUUGACUUUUUAAUUAAAAUUUUAGUCUUAGUUUUAGUCAUCGCUCAUUUGUUUUUAUUGAGUUUCCCUCAGCAGAAUGAUUAUAUUGACACAAACAGUGACACAGGAUGUGUCAGUAUCGGUGCAGCUGGUGCAGGUGUGAGGAGCGACUGUUACGUUUGCCUUUGUGGUCAGUGUUUAUUGCAGGACUGGGCCAUGACUAGAAUAAUGAUUUAGUUCCUCAUAUUGAUGACAAAUUUUGUAUUCAAUAUAAACCCUCUAGACACAAAUAAGACAGACUGUAAUAUAUAGAGAUGUAUUCAGUAGAUUCAGAUAACAGAUUUUUUAAAUUUCAGACCCAGCCCUGUGUCCUGUUUACUUUGUUUAUGACCACUCCACAUGUAUUUAAGAUGUGUCUUCAUUUAUUUUUGAUAUUCCCGUGUUACUACUGUAGGUACUUUUUUAUGGUACUUUUUAAUGUUUGUGCUCUCCUGUUUGAAGCCAAAGACACUGUACACUUUAGGAGUGACUUAAAUGCAUGACUCUGUGUUUGAUUGUGUCACUCUGCAGCUGAAGUGUGUGUAGGAAAUGCCUGUGUAAAAUACCUCUAUAAGAGGAGCGGGGUUUGUUAUCGCUCAAAUUCAGUAACUCUUUUUUUCGUAUGUAUUAUUUAAAUGUAUUCUUAGAGGUUCAAACACACCAGUGAAACUACUUCACUCCAGCGCUGGCUUUUGCACUCGGCCUGUAGGACAAUACAUGCUGUGAUUAACUCCAUGUUUCUGCAAAAGACACUUUGCAGCUGAUCUCAUCAACUUUCCCAAUGGGUGUGACACCGAAGUCUCUGUUAGACUUUAAUCUGAUCUUUAUUUGAAUACAAUCUAACUUGAAAGUUCGGUCAGUUGGUGAGCUGAUUUGUGUUAAACAAGUCCCUUUCAAAUAUUUCAGUCUCAAGCUGGCUAGUAGUAGCCAGCAGUUUUUCAGUCAGUCCCUGACACCCCUCAAAGUCCUAAACAAAACUGUGAACGCCUGGAUUGAUCACAAGCUCCAGAACAUGCUGUUUAAGUCUUUUUUUUUUUUUUUUUUUCUUCUUCUUGAGUUGAACAAUCCACCAUAGAUAUAUAUGGUUCAGUAUGGUUCAUCUCUGUAAUUAUUAUCCACAGGAAACAAAAACUGACACAAAGCUCAAAGAGAAAUAGACAAAAAUCUAAUUAUGUUUUGACUGUAGCUUCCAAAAGUGGUGUCAUUAUCCAACCCCAAAACACAAUAAUGAUUUUAAAGGACUUUAAACAUCUCAAACAGAUAAGGUUCAUUUUCUAGAUCAGUCAUUAGGACAUUUCUUUCAAAAAAGUGAAUCUCCCAAAGAGUUCUACAGAGUCCGCUCUCCAUCUGACAUUAUGACAUCAAAUUCUGAAAAUUCCUUUUUUAUGAUUAUUAUUAUUUACACAGCACAUUUUCAGGAGCCUCAGUCAGAGGAUUCAUGGUCCUGUUCAGGAGUUUGAUUUUCAAUUAAAAGUUAAGUGUGACUGACUGAAAAACUGUUGGCUAAUGCUAGUGAGCUUGUGACUGAAAUGUUGUUGGCGAGAGACGUGUUUAACAGCACAAAUCAGCUCAUCAGUUGUAGUUCCAGAUAAGUCUGUUCUUUAUGUUUAAAUUGUGUUAAAAGAUCAGAUUAAAGUCUACAGUAACAGAGCUUCAGACAGAGCAGUGCCUCAGUUAGCGUCACACUCUCGGAAGGUUGAUGAACAGCUGCAAAGUCUCAGCUGAGAUAUGAUUUUGAUUUCGUAGAGAUUUGUGUUGCUGCAUAGCUCAGAAGAUCCAUAUUAAAACCUAAAUGUAAGAAAUAAUGAGGUUCAGAAAUGCAUUUUGGUGGGAAUUUUAUUUGAUUUAAAUGUCAUUUUUUAUUUGUCUUCAUUUAGCCUUGUUUUGGUGACCUCUGUUAUGAUUUUAUGUUGCUACAGUUUGACUAAUAAAUUAUUAGUGUUUUAAUUUAAA